CCUUCGCGGAUAAGGUUGGUCCCUUCUAGUGAUUGAUGUUAAAAGAUUGCCCGCGGGUUCUCGGCAUCUCGAUUGAUGUUUUUUUUCUUCCUUCUGGUCGGACAGAAUCACUGAAUGAUGCACCAGUCGUCUCACAUAUGAUGUGCUGAGCCGUGGCUGAUCUUUCAAGUCCGAGGCUUCACCUACGGAGAAAGUGCCCAGCGCGUGAAAUUUCUUAUGAAGGCAGCUUUCCCAUGUGCCAAGUGCAACCGAGGGAAGGGAAGCAGAAGGGAACUCAUCAGCCGUGCCGUACGCCAAGGCAAAGUAGUAAUUAUGUCAAGCACAGUUGUGACAGCUAGCCCUUCUCGUCGUGCCUCGUGGUGCGCUGGGAGCUAGACGAAGUCCGCUAUCAUGGGGGCGGGUCAGGAUAUACCGUAUCCGGACACAAUGAUCAGACCACGAGGCAGUGGCACACAACGUAUUCGCCCGGUAUCCGCUGCGACAAAGCAAAUCUCCUCGUCGCUUUGUUGACGUCGUCCAUGGAUGAGCGCAUGCUCCGGGCAGGGGGUAUAUAACGAUGCCAGUGCAAAGACCGACCGCCUAUGGCUUCCAGCUUUUCUGUCUCAUCAUCCCUCGGCUGCAUCCGCUCCGCUUCAGUCGCGUUCCUCACCGAUCUCCAAUCUUCGAAAUCGCUACAUCAGCUCCUCUGCGCUCCAUCCGGUCUCCUUGAUUGCGACGACAUGUCGUUCGACGUGUUCCCCAUCAGCCAACACCUGCACGAUGCGUCGAACAAACAGGCAUUCCUCCUGGAGCUACACUUUCAUCGCAAUGUGACGCAUGGUGGACCGGGCUCUACCGUCUUCACAGCGUCAAGUUCCCAGUGGGGAGAUCACAAACUCCUCGGAUCUUUCGCGAUUCACGACUCUGUGUACACCCAUCCCAAUCGAGUCGCGGGUGUCACCGCCGCUUUCGUUCUCACGACCAUGUCGCAAGCCAUCCGACUUGGCUGGGUCGAUGCGCGCGUCGGGAUGCAUGAGCUCGUGCGGUUUCAUCACCCUCAGCCGCAGUUCCCGAUCGACACCCAUAUAACAUCCAUCAAAGUCGAGCAGAUCCCGCUCCCUCCUCUUCCUCUCGAUCUGUUCAAUUUGGAUUCCUGAAUGAUCGAGUAUUCACGAGUGCCCACUGCGGGCAGCGGGCACAUGCAUUCUGCUUUUGGGACCUUCUCCUUAUCUCGUUCGAAUACCCGCCGAGCGCACGGCCAACAUCUUAUUGCUUACUGUAUUGCUUUGUCUUUUGUAUCAAAGCUGGAAUAACUGGAGAUGGAAAUCUG